AUGCGGUUUAUGACCGUCGAUAAUGUUCUACAAUACAACACACAGAUCCCGUCCGGGCAGCCACGAGCACCCCCGACUCCACAGAGACCUCAUGUAGCAGCCGGCGCCGGCCAAGGUAGAAGAGUCGUUUCUGGAGGUGGUUUGCCUAAUCUCCAGUCUCGAACCGGCCAGCCUAUGCCAUCACGAACAACCAAGAUCAGUCAAAAGCUGGUACUUCUGCCCGAGACCGAUAAUCAUGGCGAUGAUGCGGAAGAAGAGGUGGAAAACGAAACAGUGUUGGCCCGACGAUUGCAAAACGAAGGAAAUGGGCCGUUGAGGGACGAAGAGUUGGACGUCCUUAGGAAAAGAGGCGGCGUCCGAGGGAAGAGCUAUGCCGAAAGGCUACCCAAGCCUCAACGAAAAGACAAGGUCAGUCGCCUGACAGCGUACUGCACAGCUCAGGCCUACAAGACGGCAGAGACGUCGGAAUUUCUUAGAAAGAGGCACGAAGCAAAAACCAAACUGUAUGACGACUGCCUGUAUGCCAUUUACGCUUUGCCCUUGUUGAAUGGCACCGAGGGAUAUCGAAUACGAGGACGACCUAUGCUGAGAACUCCAGGCACGGGUAAGACCAUGCUCGAUUUGGAGAUUGAGAGGAGCGAGCAGCGUGAUCAUCACGAGGGGUAUUUCGAAGACGAUGCGUAUGCACGGCCGGAAAGUCCAGAACGAGAUAGAAGAGACUCCUCUGCCCACAGUUCCUCCCCAUCUCAUGAGCAUGAUGGCAUCCCGUCACAGAUGAGCCGGCUGGCCCCCGAUGCCAAAAACUUUGCCGAGAUGUUUGUCUUCUCGUACGGUGUUGUGGUAUUCUGGAACUUCACAGAGCAUCAGGAGAAGGAUAUUCUCGCCGACUUGACUUUCGCAGAUGCUGAAGAUAGCAUGAGUCUGUUGACCCGCCCACUGGAGCAGGACGAUUUCGAGACGGAAGAAUUUCACUUCGAGUACAGUGCCGACGUGAAGCGCCCCAGAGUGUUCAACGACAUGAUUACAUUGUUGCCUCGCUCUGACCACAUGAUCAAGUUAACCAUUAGCCAUGCCAUUGCCCAGAGCACCAAGUUGUGCUUCUUCGAGGAGAGGAUGAGCGAAACCAUGCUAGAUGCGCAGCAUGUGCCGAAAACAUUGGCACUGACGGGACAGUUGAAUAUGACGAGAGUCGAAAUUGUUACUCUUCUCGGCAGAUUAUUCAAGAGCAGAGUAGAUAUCAAUCUUUCAUCGAAUAUUCUGGACGUGCCGAAUUUCUUCUGGGACUCAGAACCAACACUACACCCGCUUUACGUUGCCAUCCGCGAGUAUCUCGAAAUUGACCCUCGAAUCAAGGUUCUCAACGAAAGAUGUCGGGUAUUCCUCGACCUCGCCGAGAUUUUGUCGGACUCAAUAGCUGAUGCCAAGAUGAGCUACAUUACGUGGAUCGUCAUCAUUCUCAUUGUGGGCAGCAUCCUCGUGACGGUGACCGAAGUCAUUCUACGUUUUGUCAUGCUGAAGAAGAGCGGUAGCAAAUUUGACCAACCUUUUGCACCCCUGUCUUGGAGCGGGAAUGUUGAUCCUGCGGUGGUUCCCGAGAUCCUCUCUCUCUCGUCUUCAUCAUCACCCAGCCAACAUAGCGCUACGACGUCGACGCCAAGCAUAGAGGGUGGUCCGAAUAAGGCAGCUGGCGUUGAAGCAUAUACAGAUCUAGAAAUCCUCGCUCUGACGCUAGGCCUGCAGUCAAACGCGACGCUGGACGACGUGAAACGAGGCAUUCGCAAUCUGAAACAGGCGGCAGCGAGCAUCGAGCGUUGCGCCACCGACGAUUUGUCUCGUUUGGGUUCGACGGAGCUAUGA